AUGGUUAUCAACCAUCUGGACAAGCUAUUUGUGACAAGCGAUACUGCAACCAUUGUGAACGAGCUUGAGGUUCAGCAUCCUGCAGCCAACAUUUUGGUAUUGGCAGGGAAAGCACAGCAGGAGGAAAUUGGUGAUGGGGCCAACUUAGUAGUUUCUUUUGCCAGGGAGCUUUUCCAGAGUGCAGAAGAAGUCAUUAGGAUGGGACUGCAUCCCUGUGAUAUCAUCAUUGGAUACACAAAGGCAAUUAAUAAGAAGAGGAUUCGACUUGGGUUUCGGGAACGAAUUCGGUUUCGCUUGUGUCUUGGGCGGGUAUGUUUGGUGGUGGCAUGUUUGGCGGAAAAAAAGGGGGUUGAGAAUAAUACCCGAAAUAUGGAGGCAGCGGUUGAGUGGUGGGAUGAGGAGAAGUUGGUGGCAUUGGAUAAUAUCCAAGUUCACCCGUACGCGGGUCUCGGCGAUAGCGGCCCUCUUGCUCGUUGUUUUGCAAAUUUUGCCAAAACGGAUUGGUCGGAUCCCAUGGGUUGUUUGGGUUGUUGGGAAACAUUGUUGGGAAGUUUUAAAAAAUAUGAAGAGAAUUGUAUAAAAAGUGAGGUAGAAAGUGAGAGGAAUGAUUUAAAAAGUGACGUAGAAAGUGGGUAUUUAUAG